AUGAUGAUUGAUUUUGAUGACGAUGAUGAAGAUGAUAAUGAUGAUGACGAUGAUGAUGAUGAAGGUGAUGAUGAUGGUGAUGAUGAUGAUGAUGAUGAUGAUGAUGAUGAUGAUGAUGAUGAUGAUGAUGAUGAUGAUCAUGAUGAAGAUGAUGAUCAUGAUGUUGAUGAUGAUGAUGACGAUGAUGAUGAUGAUGAUGAUGAUGAUGAUGAUGAUGAUGAUGAUGAUGUUGAUGAAGAUGAUGAUCACGAUCAUGUGGAUGAUCAUGAUCAUUAUGAUAAUGAUGAUGAUGUCGAUGAUGAUGAUGAUGAUGAAGUUGAUGAUGAUAAUGAUGAUGUUGAUGAUGAUGAUGAUGAUGAUGAUGAUGGUGAUGAUGAUGAUGAUGAUGAUGAUGAUGAUGAUGAUGAUGAUGAUGAUGACGAUGAUCAUGAUCAUGAUCAUAAUGAUGAUGAUGAUGAUGCCGAUGAUGAUGCUGAUGACGAGGAUGAUGAUGAUACAUGA